AUGCAGAAAUCACCUCCCCGGACCAUCACUCUCCGAUUCCGAAGCCGGAACGGGCAGUUCAACCUGAGCGUAGACCCAAAAGGCGACUUCCCCUCUAUCCUCCCACAAGUAGCUGAGAAGCUCCCGAAGAACGUCGACCUCUCCUCCAUCACUGUCAGCAACAAGCCGCAGGGCGGUGAUGCUCGGUUGCUGAGCUCGCUACGAGGCGUUACUUUCCAGCGGAUCGAUUUAGGACAUGGUUCUCUACUCUUCCUCGAAUACCAGGACCAGGAUGGUCAAGCGAACGGCCACGCUUCCGCGGACGGCGCCUCUGCUACGGAAACACGCCGGCUGAACGGCAGGGCCGUUGACCCUUCAGAAUCUAUAUCUUUCGCGCCGCCGCCGCCGCUCGAAUCGGCUACAAGAUUCAUCAAGAAUCCUUGGGAAACCGUCAAGCAGUCGCCGCUGGAUGACCGGUUAGACAAGCAAGAUGGCAAGAUACCGAGACCGCGCGAUCCGAAGAUGUGCAGGCAUGGUCCGAAAGGCAUGUGCGACUACUGCAUGCCGCUUGAGCCCUACAACCCCACCUAUCUCGAGGAAAAGAAGAUCAAGCAUCUAUCCUUCCACUCGUACCUGCGCAAGGUCAACCAAGGGAAGAACAAGCCAGAGUCUGGAAGCUCGUAUAUGCCGCCGUUGAGCGAACCCUACUAUCGCGUACGACCGGACUGUCCUUCCGGACAUGCGCCGUGGCCGGAGGGCAUCUGCACGAAAUGCCAGCCUAGCGCAAUCAGUAUGCAGCGGCAAGAGUUCCGGAUGGUGGAUCACGUCGAAUUUUCUUCUCCAGCUUUGAUCAACACGUUGCUCGACUUCUGGCGAACGUCGGGGAGUCAGAGGCUGGGCAUACUGUACGGUCGAUAUGAGGAAUACACGGAGGUGCCACUAGGCACCAAGGCGGUUGUCGAAGCCAUUUACGAGCCUCCGCAAGUUGACGAACCCGACGGCAUAUCGCUGGGCGAGUGGGAGAACGAGAAAGAGAUCGACGAGCUUGCGCAGAUGUGCGGCCUGCAGAAGGUUGGCAUGAUAUUCACGGACUUGCUAGAUGCUGGUGCAGGCGAUGGUACCGUUGUCUGCAAGCGCCACAUCGACUCCUAUUUCCUCUCAUCGCUCGAGAUCAUUUGGGCCGCUCGCUAUCAGGCCAAGCAUCCAAGGCCUACAAAAUGGAGCGAGACUGGCAGGUUCGGCUCUAACUUUGUCACGUGCGUUGUAAGCGGUGACGAAGAGGGCCAAAUCACAGUCACGGCGUACCAAGCUUCCAACGCGACCGUGGAGAUGGUGCGAGCGGACAUCAUCGAGCCAUCAGCCGAGCCCUCUGUCAUGCUUGUGCAGGACGAGGACGAAGAGAGCCAGCUCGGCCGAGCACGCUACAUCCCUGAGGUGUUCUACCGGCGGAUCAACGAGUAUGGCGCGAACGUGCAGGAAAAUGCGAAGCCUUCUUUCCCCGUGGAGUAUCUGCUUGUCACGCUGACCCACGGCUUCCCCACGUCGGCAAAUCCCCUGUUCAAGAGGAUAGAGUUUCCGGUUGAAAACAGGGAAGCGAUCGGCGUUAGCCAGGAGUUCAGCACGCUGGCGAAACAGCUCAACGCGAGUGCCGGAGGACCGAAUCUCGGUACGCCCAAGGGCAUCGAAACCGUCUCAGACUUCCAUAUGCUGUGCUUCAUUCACGGGGUCGGUAUCCUAGAAAAGAACGAAGAGCGUCUCCUCUGCCGCGUCGCAACCCAGCACGACGCCUCGGACGGCUUCCAGCUGCAGCACAGCCCCGGCUGGGCGACGCUGCUGGCCAUCCUCAAAGAGUCCGGUGAGCAGCGCCCUUCUUCCAAACGCCCCUUGUCGCCCACCUCUGCUGCUUCAGAUGCUGCGGAAUCGCUUGCUAAGCGGGUAAGGGGGGUUAGCUUGAGGUGA